AUGCCAGGUGAUAAUUCGGGACAAAGUUUCUCUAGUUCCAGUGUAGGAGAAACUUCGGGCAUAGCAACGGGGGGAACUGCCAAUAAGUCUGUGGCCCCCAAUGCUGCUGAGAAUACACGUUCACAUCGUGAUUCGUUUUGUGAUUUUCUAGAUUUCCAUGCAAAUCGUGGCCAAGAGAAAAUGUCACCGCGUUUUGUACCACGUCGUGAUAGUUUUGAUUGGGAGGCAUUGUCGCGUAAACCCACCUCCGAUGAAAGUCGUUUAUCUUUGAUUGGCAAAAUUGGUGGAAUUGCUGCCAGUGGACUUCCUAAUAUUUCCAUCACACCAAGUGACUCCUUCGAUGCUCGCGUCAAUACAUCUGAUUUUCUUAAAGCCCCCCUUAGAGAUCAAAGUAAGUCACCAAUAUCACCACUUGCUGGGAAAUUAUCACAAAUCAAGGAAGAAGAAAAAGGAAAUCAAGAAUCCUCAAGUCACGAAUCUUCCGUUGAGGGAGAAUCGGAUAAGGAGAAUCCCCAAACUGAUUUGCAAUUUAUGCCACAAUCUCGACUAAAGGCAUUGCCGGCGAAUUUCAACAGUACGCCCAAUCGUAAUUCAAUGGACGGGAUUUUAACAGCAUCCAAUCGCCCAUUGUUAACUUCGACGGUGGGACCAGCCAAUCGGAAGCAAGCAACCACACCGCUUAGUAUCAAUGAUUCGAUGAGCGUACAGCAAGCUGUCAACGAUUUACGCAAUGAAAUGCUGGAACGUUUCAAAAUUGAGGAGAUACGAGAUUGCUUGGGAGUUCUGCUACAAACCGAUCCUUUUGUUAAUGAGUUUUUACGCCUCAAGGAAGAGAAUGAAAUGUUGAAAUUGCAACUAUUACAGCAGUCAAAUAGAAAUGAGUAG